AUGUUGCACUAAAUUCAUUCAUGGACUCCAGGACUUCUAGUAUCAUUCGUAAGGUUUUUUUUCUUUGCGUUUGAUGAGGUAAUGUAUCGGAGAUGUUAUAAUGUUAUUCCCAGUGGCAGCAACAGCAGUAGCUUCAGGCCACACUAGUUUUGUUUUUAAACUUUAACCUAGCAUAGUCUUGCUAGCGGUUGGGACUUUGUUGCUGGGCUUCAGAACGACUGCUCCUUGCACACAUUGUGGAAAACCAUGAGGACGGAGGAGCAACUCUACAGGAAAGGAAGCGGGGCGGCUCGUGCGUCUCCUUGAAUGGGGCGGUGGGUUUUGAAGUGUUUCUGUAGUCUACCGUCAGAGGGUCAGCGGUCCGACCGGCGGGGAGGGACACGUCGGAGGGACUCCUCCUGGCUGCCGUGCAGCGUGCUGAAAACUGAACACAAACCAGAAUACUUUGGCUUCAUAUGAGGCGACUUACUAACAUUAUGGGUUGGAAAGGCCUGCUGCUUUGUCGCCGCGGGUUCGACAACAAAGGAAAUAACUUUAAUUUCACUGCUGUUGCCGCAGUGUGUGGAAACAAACGUUGAGAGUGAGAAGUGAGAGACAGUGUCAGUCAAUACCUUUAAAGUUGACAAAUUAUCUCUGACUUUAUGGCCACUCGAGAGUAGCGCUGCGCAAUUACGCACGCGCACGCACACACGCGCCCCCUUUGUUGUGAAGUUUACUCUCCGUUGAAAGUGUGACAUUUUAAUUCCAGUUAUUGUCUGUUUGAGUGGAUGUUUGAGGAUGGUGGAGAACCGGAGCUGUGUCCAGAGGGAGGGGGUGUACCGCUGGUUCUCCUCCCUCACCUCAGCCCAGAGAGCCGAGUUCCUGUGCGGCCUUCUGGACCUCUGCGUCCCCAUCGAGCUUCGCUUCCUCGGCUCCUGUCUGGAGGACUUAGCCCGCAAGGACUACCACUCCCUCCGGGAUGCGGAGAUCAAAGCCAACAACCCUGCUGACCUUUUGGGCCUCACCAACAUCACGGACGAGGUGGUGCGCAGCAAGCUGCUGGUGUCCCUCGCCCUUCUCGGCUCAGACAACAGGGAGGCGGCGGGCGUCCUGUACCGGAUCCUGACUCACAUAGACACGGUGAUCAAUAACUACGGCUUGGCGCUAAACGACGGGAGGACCGAGGAGCAGUUCCUUUUACUAUUCACCAUGGCAUCUCACCACCCGGCCUUCAGCUUCCACCAGAAGCAGGUGCUGAGGCAGCAGCUCAGCCAGAUCCAGGACAUCCUGCAGAGCCAGACCAAAGAGGCUGCCACAAUCCCCAUGGGACGACGAGACCAAGCGGUCAGUCAGGAGCUCACCCCUUCUCACCUGGACUUCCCUCCCCCUCCUCUUCCUCCUCCUCCCCCUCCUCCUCCACCAACUCCUCAUCUGCUCCCUCCUCUACCUGCUGGGCAGGGCCAGGAUGAAGAAGCACUGACCAAGAAGCACCAGGAGAAAGCAGGCAAAGUGGUGAUAGAGAAGGUGGUGCUGAGAGGAGUGACACACACGUCUGAAGACAUCAGUGAAUAUGUGUUCGAGGCCAGCUGGUCAGAUGAAUGUGUGUCAUCCGUUGUCAGAACUCAGCAGGAGGUGACAGAGCUGCUGUCUCAGCUGUCACAAGCAUUUCCUGACGACGGAGUGGAGAAAUCCCUCCCUAAAUCCAUGGAGCUGGACCCCAGGUGUCUGACAGUGCUACCCUGCCAUGUCCUCCAGCACCACAGCGUCCAGCAGUUCUUCACUACCAUCAGGCCUCUCUCCCCCAACUGUCCUGCCUCCCUCCCGUCCCCCAUCCCUCCAUUACCCUCCUCCCUUCCUACGGCUCCUGUAGCCCUGACCUGCCCGUUCAUCUCCAGCUCUAAUCUUGGCUGUAUGGUUCAGUACAGAGGAGCCAACAGGGCUGUCUACAGAGUGGCCAGCGUCCAGCCCGUCGUCAGCACCCACAGCUCUGUCUUCACCCGCCCCUCUCCUCACCUCUCCUCCCUUCCUCCUCCUCUUCCUCCCUCCAUUCCUUCUCCCCAGCUGUCCUCCCUCCCUCCCCCUGUGCCAGCCCUGCCCUCCCAGUGUUCCUUGGCUGGUGUAGGCGAUCCCUCCUCCCAGCUACAUCUCCAACACAGUCAGUCCCACUCCUACUCUCCGCAGCACUCCCAGCACCACCUCCACCCACAAACCAGCAGUCAGUCCAGCGCACAGCCUCAGUCCCUGCACCUGCCCCAUUCCCACUCACAUUCCCAGUCCCUCUCAUACCCCCAGUCCCAUUCCCUGUCUCGUUCCCCGUCCCACACACAGGCCCCAUCCCAGUCCCUGCCCAGCACUGCAGAGCAAAACAGCAUCCUGGACUGGCUCCGCAGGCUUCGGCUCCACAAGUAUUACCCUGUCUUCAAACAGCUCACCAUGGAGGAGUUUCUAGCACUGACAGAAGACGACCUGAACCAGUACGACCUCACCCAAGGAGCGAAAAAGAAACUCAAGACUCAACUAGAGAUACAAAAGACUCAACUAGAGAUACACAAGUCAGUGGAGGAGAUGAAGAUGGAGAAGCGACCGUGCAGCGGCAUUGCCAGGGUGACGCCUUCCAGCCACAUGGGACCCUCGACACAUCCCACCUCCACUGCAGGAGAGCUGCGAGUGGAGGUGGAUGCUGUGCUGCACCAUCACCCCAUCUCAACAGACAGCAGUUCGUCCUCGGGCUACUCCAGCUCUUCCUGCUCCCCCCGAACACCACUCUGCUGUGACUCCACCUUCGACAGGACCAGAGACAUUAACAGGCAUGUGUCAGGUCCAGACGCAGCAGGAGGGGGUCCAGAGAAGGACCGUUCCUGUCUCUUCACCCUGAACUCCAGCUGCCCCACUGGCUCCAGUCGCCCCACAGCCCAGGUCCUACCUGUCCAAACCGACCCUGCUCCUCCUCACCCUCCCUCCUGCUCCGCCCACCUCCACCUCGGCCUCCCGCAGUCUCCUUAUCACCCACAGGCCUGUUACCCCCAGACCCUGCUCUCCUCGGUCUCAAACCCAGCACGCAUCCUGAGCUCCCCUCAUAAGCCCAGGCCCCCUCCGCUGUGCACCGAGGACAGGACUAAGCCGCUGGGCUCGGGCCUGCCUGCGGGCUUCAGUGCGGGGCUCAGUGUGGGGAUGGGGGUGAGGCUGGAGAGUCUGUUCCCCGGGCUGAACAUGGACGUCUCCUCCACACUCCAGGACUCGCUGUUGUGCCGAGGCCUGGCGGGAGAUGCCUUGGGUCUGAUAGAAACCAGCUCUGCUCUGACCUCCACCUCAAACAGCCUUCACCACGUCUCCCACCCCCCUCUGCACUUCCACCUCUCGUCCUCUACACCCCCUUCUCCGUCUGGAUACUACUCCUACCCGCCUACUUCUUUCUCCUCCUCCUGUCCCUCCACAAAGUCUGUCAGCUCCAGUAGUGGUGGUGGAUUUGUUCCCAUGGCAACUACAAGCAGUGUCCCUGUGGCCGCAGUGCCCGGCAACACUUACUACCUGGCCCAGCCUAACUCUAGCCCCUCCCCUUCCCCCUCCUCUACUUCUUCAUUGGAUCAAAGUUCAGGUCACACCCCCUCCAUGUGUGUUUGUAGCUCCUGCGGUUGUCGAGGGAACUGUGGUGCCUACGGGGCGUUGCCUGGAUACACAGCGGCCAGCUACCUGCAGCCCUUCUCGGCCGGCCCUUCGCUCUUCACCCUGGGGCCUCUGCUUCAUCUCAGCCCCCUCGUGGCCUCGCCCAGCGCCGCCGGCAACGGAGCCACGGCCUUCUCUUACCCACUGAUGGUGCAACCGGCCCUCUACCGCCACAGCCCCGUGUCACAUGACCAGCAGCAGGGCUUUGGCUUCUACCAGCCCCAUGGCAUUGUGGGAAAUGGAAGCCAUAAACGGGCAGCGGGGAACGUGUCAUGUUAUAACUGCGGCUGCCAACGGACACAGAGCAGAGGAAUGCAAACAGCCGGCCAUGGAUGCAGCACAGCAAGGGUCAUUUCGACUGAAGUACACUCCUCACUCUGACAGUAAGGACUCGGGGGACUAACAGCAGGAACACCAGGGGAUUUGAACUCAUACUCCUGACACAACUGUACCUCGUGUUCCUGCUGAAGCCGGGAGGCAGCAGCACAGACAGCCUCUGGGUACAAGGAGACCACGCCAGUCUCUUCAGAGACUGUUGGUCUGAAAGCACAGACCCGUUGUCUCUUCUGUAAUUCCUUUCAGGCAGCUUACAAAGAGAUGAGAGGAGGAUGGAAGAGAAACAGAUUGGUGAGAAGAGUAAAAAGAGAGGAGCGCUUGUCAGAGUCUGUGUCGUCAAAUCGGCUUUUCACCCUUCCUCAGUUCUGCCUCGUUUCAUUUCAGAGACGUAGUUGGAACUCUGCCUGUCAAGUCACUUGUUGGUGCAGAACAACCAGAGAUUAAAUGACUCAGCAUUUAUACUCUUCUAGAUGGUUAGAAAACCAAAGACAGUGUCCUGAUAACUUCCUGAGUCAAGUGCAUUGCUACUUGUCUCAAAGCACGCCCUUCUUGUGACAGACUGGAUACCUUGGAUAUAAACCCAGCAGCAGUGUCACCUUCCCCAAAGCUUUGAUGCUUUUAGAAAAUACUUACUUUGUACAGUAUGUCUCGUGAUCAGGUUUGGCUCACGGCUGUCCAGAGAUCACAUGUGACGUACAGUAGAGUGCCGUUAUACGAGCUGUGUUCCAGUUCAUGUUAUACACAGUAUACAACUAAGUACUAAUGUUUAAUGUAUACUGUUUUAGCAGCUAGAAAUCAACAAACUUAUGCAAUACGUGCGCCCAGCAAAGACAAUCAAAAUUCGACUUUAGAACAACUGCCAAUUAAAGUUCUCAAAGAGAAGUUUAACUUUCAUCUACAAUUAGUUUUGUUGCACCUUUUGAGCAGUUUCUCUUCCUUUGUCUUCUGUUCAUUAAAUGCACACAGAAGCAUUUUUAUUGGAAGCAUUUCGACUGCUUUAAAUGUCACAUGUCCAGUGUGAACACACUACAUACUCACAGUCUAAAUGAGAUAAUGAGAUAAAUGAGGUUUUCAUCUGUUUCACCUUCUUGCUCAUCCUCCUUGAAGAGGAAAAAGUCACUUUAAAGGUACCCUGUGGUGCUUUUUACCACUUGUAGCGCGAUGAAGAAAUGUUUUCAUCAGCGUGUCCAUGGUAAACCUGGAUGUAAACGGUGCAGGAUUUAAAAUAUUUAAACCAUCGACUUUGCAAAAGCUUUUAUGUGGGUAGGAAUGUACAUAAACAUGUUAAAGCUCAAGAAUGCACGCAGUGCAUUAUGGGGAGAACACUUAAAGAACAUAUUAUGAAAACCUCACUCUUUCAAUGCUUAUGCUCAAACAUCUGGAGUGCUUACCAACCCACAAACCCACACAUUGUUAAGCCACUUAGUUUCUGACAGAGGGUGACAACAGGUAUAUUCAGUCAGACAGUACAACCCAAAAUACAACCCUAACCCUAAAAAAGAGCAUAAUAUGUCUGCUUUAAUGUAAACACAACUUUUAUUUGUUUACAAGAAAACUCCCAUAAAAAGGCACCUUUAGUGCUGGACCUGUUAAGUACUUUAAAGAUUAUAACCGUGAUGUGGCAUUAAAAGGCUGGUGAGGUGUAGACAGCAAUGUGGGAAAACAAACUUCAUGGUACCAAGGACUACAGAGGAAGUUUCAAUCCAACAUAUGAUGGCUAUAAGUCACGAAGUACGAAUCGGGUCAAGAAAUAUAGACAUGGAGUAUCUAACAGUAUAUAACAGUCAUAAAGGAAGUGUGUCACAUUUGGAAAGUGGAAUCUCUCUCCAGCAGCUGAGGGAUCACAGAGGGUUGCUGUACCAGCCGCCUUGUCCAUGAAAGCCUUCACCUUUGCCUCGGGCUGAAUCCAUCACCUCUGGGUGAUCCUCAGCCUCUCUACCUCUGAGCUAACCUGAGAGCAAAGUCUCCAGUGUCAAGUACUGUUCCUCUUUAUACCAAGACAAUCACGAUGCACACUCAAUAUUUUCACUACAGAAUUUCGUUUUCAGUUUAGUUUGACAAUGUUUCAUGUUUCAUGUUGUGGAUGUAAGUGAAUGAAUGUUGAGCGUGCUGGACGUGAAAUCCUGAACUUGUUCUCACUCCAGGAGAGAUGGAGCUUACUCUUUUUGUAAUUACAGUCUUUAUGCAAAAGACAAUCCCGGACUGUUAAAGUUGAAAAGAGUGUAAGUAAGUUAGAAAAUGUUUCACAGUGUGUUUAAGUCUCUGACUGAGUGAGGUGCUGGGCAGGACCCAGAGUUCUACAGACACGAGGACAGCAGGUCCUUCAGAUGAAACUCUAUCUGUACCCCUGGAGGGCACAGCAUAGGGACGUUUAUUUAAGAAGUAAAUACUGAACAUGUAAAACAACUUUUGUCUGUUGUUUAAAAUAAGUCCAAAAUGUGCUUUUGUAUUUUGUAAAUGUCGCCUUUUCACAGAAACAAGGGGCUUAGACCAGUGAACAGUGCAACUGUUUAUUUGCACAUGGCUGCAUAAAAACACCUUAUACGCUUUCUUCAAUGGUUGCACAGUAUUCACAAAAACGUUGCCUCCAUAAAUCCUACCAGAGCGCCUUCUUUUCAGGGGUUUUUUGUUACCUAGUUCCACUUUUGUACUGUUCUUGGAAGUAUUUAGUUUAGCGGUUUCCUUAAAGCCAGACAUAAGUCUGAAUGUGUAAGAAUCACCAUGGUGCCUGAAGCUUACGCAUGCAUGUUCAUCUUUAGUAAAGAUGUGCUUUUGAAAUAUAUUGUGUGCAAAUGGUUGAACACAGUUCAUUUGUAAGUCAGAUUUUGUAUAACUUCCUGUGUUUGUUUUAUCUGAACUUUGAGGGAUGUUUGAGUAAUAAAAUAUUUUCCGAUUCUGUCUUUCA